CCCUUAAUUUGUCCUAAUAACUAACUUAUUUUCCGUGAUUUCUAUUUCAUCACUUCAAAAUUCCAAACCCCUUUUUACCAAAGUGCUCUUUUUUUUUUCUUUUGUCUUUUUUUUAAAAAGAAGACCGAGGUUUCUCAUUCCAUUCUCACACGGUUUGGUUGUUUCUUGUUAGUGGGUGUUCUUAGUUGAUCACUUUAUUGCUUUAUUAUCUUUAUUGUCUUUCUGGUUGUCAUUGUUAAGUGUGUUCUUAGUCCAUCACUCUAUUAUUAUUGCUUUAUUGUCUCUCUGCUAGUCAUUGUUAACAGAAUCUACCUUAUCCCAACCACCCCAUGGUAAUAUGUAGGAAGUUAAAAUCAGGGUUGUGUUUGUUUUGGAUUAUUUUCGACUAUAUACGGUAUACCCACAUGGAUUAGGGCUUUUGCAAGCAACUUUUUCCCAUAUUGAUUAUUGGUAAUUUUCCCCAAGUUGGGUUGUAGGUUGUAGUACCUUUUGGGAAUAGGAGGAAUAGAGCCACUCCACACACCCUUCUCUUCAAACAGCCUUUCCUCUGCUGCAUUUGGUGUGGAAUGCAGGGGUAUUGAAAUAGGGUUUUUGAAUUUCUGAGUUUUUUGGUCAUUUUUCAUACAUGAAUUUGAAGUUUUCUUGGUUAUUUAAGGUUUUAUAUCGUUAGACCUCGAAUGGGUUUGUGAUUUUCUUCAUUUUAUGAUCUGGGUUCUGAUAAUUUCUUAGUUUUCUUAGCUUUUGCUCAUUGGGUUUAGUAUAUUUGGGUUCUCUGAGUGAAUUGAGUUCAAUUGAGUGUCAAAUAUGGCACCAAGAACAGAUUUUUUUAAGUGGUGGGCAAAGGAUACUACCAGGAAGGGAACUCCUGUGGUAGUGACCAUGGAGAACCCCAAUUACUCUGUACUAGAAAUCGAUGGCCCGGACGCUGCAUUCCGGCCGGUUGAGAAGGACCGGGGAAAGAAUGCAAAGCAAGUGACAUGGGUUUUGCUUCUCAAGGCUCAUCGAGCUGUCGGUUGCCUUGCCUGGCUCGGCAAUGUCGUCUGGUCAUUGCUUGGUGCCAUCAAGAAAAGACUGAUACUUGGGCAGGGAGUGACAAUGGAGAGUGAGAAACCUAGCAAGGGAAGGCUAUUGUUCAGAGUCAUUCUAGUAUUCCUACUGACAGCUUUGGUAUUUCUGGUCUUUGAAGUUUUUGCCCACUUUAAUGGCUGGUAUUAUAUCCGGAAUCAUAGCUUGCACGUUCCACAAACCAUGGAGAUUCAAGGAUGGCUACAUACUGUAUACAUUGCUUGGUUGGAGUUUCGUGCCGACUACAUUGCACCUCCAAUUCAAGCUCUCUCUACAUUUUGUGUUGUUCUCUUCCUAAUUCAAUCCGUCGACAGGCUGAUGCUUUGUCUAGGUUGUUUCUGGAUUAAGUACAAGAAGAUUAAGCCGCGAAGCGAAGAGGAUCCAUUUGAGUCGCAUGAUUUGGAAGGUUCAGAAUGUAAAUAUCCAAUGGUUCUUGUUCAGAUUCCAAUGUGUAAUGAGAGAGAGGUGUAUGAACAAUCUAUAGGAGCAGUCUGCCAACUUGAUUGGCCAAAGGACCGAUUAUUGAUUCAAGUUCUUGAUGACUCUGAUGACGAGAGCAUUCAGUGGUUAAUCAUGGGGGAAGUCUCCAAGUGGAGCCAGAAGGGUGUCAACAUUAUUUAUCGUCAUCGAUUGGAUAGAACUGGUUAUAAAGCUGGAAACCUAAAAUCUGCAAUGAAUUGUGAUUAUGUGAAGGCCUAUGAGUUUGUUGCAAUCUUUGAUGCUGAUUUCCAACCAAACCCUGAUUUCCUUAAGCAGACAAUUCCACAUUUCAAGGACAAUCCUGAAUUGGGGUUGGUUCAAGCUAGGUGGAGUUUUGUGAACAAGGAUGAAAAUUUGUUGACUCGCCUCCAAAACAUUAAUCUGUGCUUCCACUUUGAGGUGGAGCAGCAGGUUAAUGGGGUCUUCCUCAACUUCUUUGGUUUCAAUGGAACUGCAGGUGUGUGGAGAAUCAAAGCACUGGAGGAUUCUGGUGGUUGGCUCGAGAGGACGACUGUAGAGGAUAUGGACAUAGCAGUCCGUGCUCAUCUCCAUGGUUGGAAAUUUAUUUUCCUUAAUGAUGUGAAGGUCCUUUGUGAAGUUCCCGAGUCUUUUGAAGCUUACAGAAAACAGCAACAUCGUUGGCAUUCAGGUCCAAUGCAACUAUUUCGUUUGUGCCUUCCAGCCAUCAUUAAGUCCAAGAUAUCAUUUUGGAAGAAAACAAACCUGAUUCUUCUAUUUUUCCUAUUGAGGAAACUUAUCCUCCCAUUCUAUUCUUUCACAUUGUUUUGUAUUAUUCUUCCUUUAACCAUGUUUGUCCCCGAAGCUGAGCUACCUGCCUGGGUUAUUUGUUACGUCCCGGUAUGCUUGUCAUUUCUAAGCAUACUUCCCUCACCAAGUUCCUUCCCUUUUAUUGCUCCUUACCUUCUAUUUGAGAACACAAUGUCCGUGACCAAAUUCAAUGCCAUGGUAUCUGGAUUGUUCCAAUUAGGAAGCUCAUAUGAAUGGAUUGUCACGAAAAAGUCAGGUCGAUCAUCAGAGCCUAACCUAUUGGCUGCAGCAGAGAGGGAUUCCGAAGUCAUGAAUCAACCUCCUCUUCAUAGAGGUGCUUCUGAUAGUGGCCUGUCUGAGCUCAACAAGCUGAAAGAACACCAAGAAGUAGCUUUACUACCUCCCGUGAAGAAGAAAAUGAACAAGAUAUUUAAGAAAGAGCUUGCUCUAGCUUUCUUACUUCUCACGGCUGCACUCAGGAGCCUGUUAUCAGCUCAAGGAGUGCACUUUUACUACUUACUAUUUCAGGGCGUGUCCUUCCUCCUCGUUGGUCUUGACCUAAUCGGUGAACAAAUGAGCUAACAUGAUCUGUGGGAGAAUUAGAAAAGAACAUUAGGGGGAGAAGAGAAGGUAAAUGUAAGCAAGGAAGAUCCUCAAUCAAUCCGUUAAAAAAAUUACAUUGGCAUUUCUACUGUUAUUGUGUUCAGUCAAUCCUUUGCAUCCCAUCAACCUCGGUUAACAGAAACCAACACUGCUGGCUAAUAGCCCCUUUGGUGCUGCAGGUAAAAGCUAACUAGCUCACCAUUUCAAUUAAGCUUAAACCCAAUUAUAGUUUCCUUGUAAAUAAAUUUUUUUCAUGCUACUUUAUUGAUUGUUUCACUCUGCAAUAAAUCUUCAACAUUGUAUCAUUAUCACCAUAUAUUUAAUUUCUUCCACUUCUUUGGUUCUUAUUGAUUAA